AUGACUCCUGAGCACGCUGUGGCGCUAAGGUAGAGAACCAAUCUCCCGUUGCCAUCAAUGUUUAAAGCAGAAGAAGGGGGGGUGGGUGAGUGAGCUAGGAUAAAGCUGACGCGAGAAUCACGUCCAAGGGAGACCUCACUGGGACGGGACAGGUAACGUAAACCCCCACAACGACUGAGAUCCACUGCUAAGGUGUGCAGGAGCGAUUGGAUAAUGCACAGACAUGGUGCCUUGUCAAACCCAUGUGUUGUUGAAGUGGCAGGAGCACUUCAAUAGUUCCUGGGCUGCAGAGGAGGGUUUGAAGACGGCCAAGAGGCAUGGGGCAGCCGCCCUCUAUGAUAAGCUUCUACACAACAAGGAGUUGGUGACUCUUGCCCAGCCUGUGCAAGAACUCGUCGGCCCGCGGCUGCCAGACUUUGAGUGUGAUGCCAGUGCGGCAGCGGAGAAGGAAGAAUACCUGUCAUCCCUGCUUCGUAGCCAACGAUGGCUGGCUCACCGCAUGCUCACGCAAACCUCCUACACCCUGGCCCUUCACCGCAGGCUGGUGGUUCUGCAGAGGAUCUACUAUGCAUUUCACAGCAAAUAUCAUGACAAAUUCCGCGUGCAGCUGUCCUCCAAGUGCACAGAGGGAGGCACUGAAGGCGGCCCUCUGGAGAUAUCUGCAGAACCAUGCCUCUCUGGGGCAGCUGGGAAAGUCAAGUCGGGCACAGACGUUCUGAUAGAAAUGGGUGUGAGGACAGGUUUGAGUCUGCUCUUCUCCUUACUGCAGCAGAACUGGAGGUAUGCAGCCUCCGUGCAUCCAGAGUCUGUGCUUUGCAAUGACGUGCUGGCCACAGCAUCUUCGGUUCUGGCUUCACUGCCACCACUUUCACUUGCUAAUGAGAACAAGAUCCCAUCAGUGGGUUUGGAUUGCUUGGCACAGGUGGCUAACUUCCUAAAGAAGACGGCAGUGAGCAGUGGAUUGGGUGGGGCUGACCCAACCGGUCGGAGGCUAGCGCUGGAGCUGCUGCUGGGGUUGGCCAUGCAGAGAGGCUCCCUGAAGUUUUUGUUAGAGUGGGUGGAGGUAGCUUUGGCUGCAUCUAUGUCCUCUACAACCUCUGUGCCGUCUUCCUCCUCCUCCUCCUCAAUGGGCUCCCAGCAGUCAGCUGCUGCAAGCUUUGAUGUCAUUCAGCAAACUCUCCUACAAAUGAGGCAAUACUCGGGUUUUCGUGGAGAUGCUGUCAACACUCAGGUGCUAAUGAAGGAUGCUGAUGGUCUGUGUCAACUCUCUCAGGCUGCUAUCGUUGUGUUUGAGGAGAUAUGUAACUUGGCAUCCUACUGCCUGAGCUCAUGCAGCACAAAUGCAGCUGCGGCCGGCUCCGAGUCGGAUGCAGUCAUGGUGUAUGUGUGGGGGAGUAACAGCAGCCAUCAGCUGGCAGAAGGAACUCUGGAGAAAAUCCUGCUGCCAAAAGUCACACAGGGCUUCAGUGAUGCUCAAAUGAUUGAGGCAGGCCAGUACUGCACAUUCUCAGUGUCUGCAGAUGGUUCAGUAAAAGCUUGUGGGAAAGGCAGCUAUGGGCGUCUGGGGCUGGGGGACUCCAACAACCAAUCCAUGCCCAAGAAACUUGUGCUGGAGCCACACAGGAACAUGAAGAAAGUCUCCUCCUCUAAGGGCUCUGAUGGGCACACUUUGGCCAUCACUGUGGAAGGGGAGGUGUUCAGCUGGGGUGAUGGAGAAUAUGGAAAACUGGGUCAUGGCAACAGUGCUACCCAGAAAUACCCUAAAAUCAUACAAGGGCCACUGCUUGGCAAAGUUGUUGUUUGUGUGUCUGCUGGAUACAGACACAGUGCUGCUGUGACUUUUGACGGAGAGCUUUACACGUGGGGAGAGGGGGACUUUGGAAGACUUGGUCACAGUGACAGCCAGAGUCGUAGUGUGCCAACACUCGUGAAGGACAUCAGCGGUGUGGGGCAGGUCGCCUGUGGAAGCUCCCACACUAUUGCCGUGGCACAAGAUGGACGCACUGUGUGGUCUUUUGGAGGAGGAGACAAUGGUAAACUCGGUCACGGGGACACCAAUCGGAUCUACCGUCCCAAGGUGAUAGAGGCCCUUCAUGGAUUUAUCAUAAGGAAAGUGUGUGCUGGCAGCCAGUCAUCUCUCGCCCUCACCUCUGCAGGACAGGUGUUUGCAUGGGGUUGUGGCUCAUGUUUGGGGUGCGGUUCUUCUGAAACGACGUCGCUGAGGCCAAGAUUUGUGGAGGACCUGAGUAUCACUAAGAUCAUUGACAUCUCAUGCGGGGACAGCCACUGUCUGGCUCUGUCUCAUGAGAAUGAAGUGUAUGCAUGGGGGAACAACACAAUGGGCCAAUGUGGACAGGGCCACACUUCUACUCCCAUCACCAGACCCAAAAAGGUGCUCGGCUUAGAAGGUGUUUCAAUCCAGCAAAUCACUGCAGGCACUUCUCACAGUCUGGCAUGGACUGCAGUUCCAAGUGACCGACAGUUGGUGGCGUGGCAUAGACCGUUCUGUGUUGACUUGGAGGAGAGUACAUUCACGUACCUGCGCAACUUUCUAGAAAGUUAUUGUGACGGCAUCAGCAACGACAGCCCACCUCCUCCAUUUGUAUCUAAAAGGGACCACCAUCACUUUCUUAUGCUGUGUAUGAAGCUGCUGUCCAUCCACUUGUCUCUGGCCCAUGCGGGGGGCACUGGUGCCAUGGUUCUGGGUGCUCAGGGCAGGCCCUUGAGACACCUGCUCUUUAGGCUCAUAGACACUAACAUGCCAGAUUCCAUACACCAAGCAGUUUUGGACACUCUGUCUAUUGGUGCAUCGCUGCUGCUGCCUCCUCUCAAGGAAAGAACCGAGCUGCUCCUGUCUCUUCUUCCUCAGGGACCCCAGAGUUUAAAUGUUCUCUCCAAAGGGCAGCGUCUUCAGUUAGACAUGGUCCUCAGCAGCCUUCAGGACCAAAGCCACAUAGCUUCUCUAUUAGGUUACAGCAAUUUUGGCGAGAUAGCGGCUCUGGGACCUCCACUGACGCCCGCUCUGUCAGGCCGACCUCCUUCUUCGUGCAGCUCCGCCGAGGCCUACGAUCCUCUGCACCUAGCAGAAGUGCUAUUGAGAACUUUGCUGCUCAGCGUUGGGUUUUACACGGAGCAGCAGUUCGGGGAAUUGGAGAAAAACAGUGAUAAACAGCUAUCCGAGGACACUCGAGGACAAAGUGAUCCCCCGUCUCACUUCCACCAGCUGCUCUCUGGUCUCCACAAACACCUGCUGGCCCACUGCUACAUUCAGUCCAGCCUCGAGGGUGACAGCAGCGUAACUCUGCUUCAUGAGCAUCUAUAUCUGCUGCUUCCUUGUGCUGCUGAGACACUCAGGAGGUCAACCAAGCUGCUAAAGGAGAGUUCACCGGACAAACAGAUCAUUAAAAAGCUGCACACGGUGUUGUACAACUCGGUGGCCGGCAGCCUGCUGUGCCAGAUCAUAUACUCAUUGCUGCUGCUGCCUGUAGGAACAGUCCAACCUCUCCUCAGUUAUCUACUGUCCUUGUUGGAGCACCUCAAUGAUUACAGCAGUUUGUUGCCAGAGACUGUUUUGCUGGAGGAACAAGAGCUAGAAAUGUGCUAUGAUAAAAGUGAAGAAAAGAAUGGACAGCUGCAGGAGGAGGAACAGGAGGAAGAAGAGGAGGAGCGCAGAUGGGUUUGGUUGUUGGACCUGGAACGGUCUGUUGCGUUGGCGGUUGGUCGCUGUCUUUGUGGGAUGCUGCAAGGCCCACCGCCGUCUCUCGAGGAGAAGAAAUCAGACGUCUGGUUGUCGGAUGUCCUUCUCAGGAAUGGUCUGGAGAUGGACUCUCAACAGCUAGACUCCAACAUGGGAUGGCUGACAGAGGUAGUGCUGCUGGGCAGCAGUGAUGCCAGACUAGCAGAACUGAAUCUCACUGAAGACACCAAGAUUUUAUUGGAGCUGGCUCUUGGAUCCAACAGAGGUCCUGCUGGUAGUCUUUGGUGGAAGAUGGAGGAGUAUGCUCACAGUAAAGUAGAAUGGGAGAGUGGAGGUUCUUCAGGGGAUUGUCUCCUGGAAGUGGUCUGUCGCUGCAGUCUGGCUGCUCUCCUGAAACACACUGGCCUGCAGAAGGAGGCAUUUUGCCAGGACAAAUAUGAGCCCAGUGAGCUGCUGCUGGAUGUGUAUGAAACAGUUUGUAAAAUCAGGAGCACUUUGCUGGCCUUUAAAAACUCUCCGAAAAUAGCCCAGGUGCAAGCAGCUACCAAACAGACCUCUCAGUCUGUCCAAAGUCCAGACAGAGAUGGGACAGAGCCAUGCUGCUCCUUGGAGUCAGUGGCGAAGGAUCAGGAGCGUCAAUCAGGAAGUUACUGUGACCGAGAGGUGCAGGUACCCCCACCCCCCACAGCAAACCACAACCAGGACGAGACGACUGAGGAGGACAGAUUCAACAAUAGUCGUAUGUACUUGUCAGAAGUCUUGGAAUCCUUCAUGGCCACCCGGGAAGCCCUGCAAGUGCAGCAGAAUGUGACGGUCUACGAGUCGUUUGGCACGUCCAACCUCUCCAGCAGCAUGGAGAGCCCCACCAGCCCAGAAAGGGCCCCCAAUCCCAAACAAGUGUGGGAAAAUAAUCGGGAAUCUGAGGAAAGCUCCUCUUUCCCCAAUGCCUGCCAUCUGGUCGUGUCCCGUUGUCUGUUCCUGCUACUGGGGGUCAGGCCUGCUUGGGUCGAACCCAGCACAAGAGAAAACAAUCAAACUGUGAACACAGCAGGAAGGAAACCACCAACAGAGUCCUUCACAGCAACUGGUAGUGGACAUAAACAGUUGGAGCAUUCCAAAGCCAACUAUGGAUCUUCAAAGAAUAAAAUGAGCUUACCUCUGUGCUCUUUGGGGAUCAUGAAAGAUGCUUGGGAUCGUUUGCGACAGUGCAUCAGUCCAACAGACCCCACGUACCCCCAUAGCAACAAUAUUCUGCCUAUUUUAACCCAAGUGUUUCACUUUGUCUGUGGAAGCAUGGCCAGCCCAUCGUCUCUGUUGAGUUGUGGUCAGGCAGAUCCAAAGUCCAUUGCUGUUGCCAUACAACAGCAGCAGCAGCGGGCCCAGAUGCGUCUGGAGGCCUUGUGUCAGAUAUCAUCCUUCCUGUCCAAGAUGGAGGAGAAGAACAGUCGACCCUUUCCUGCUCUGUUGCAGUCGGUGCAGCUCCAAUUUCUUUCUGGUUGCUUUUCUUUAGGAACACAAAUCAUCGAUUCUCAGUCUGGAGCUCAUUAUGAAACUCAGCAUUAUAUGUCUGGCACAAAUGCAGCUUCUAUGGAAACACAAAGAGAACUCCAGUCUGCAGCUCACGUCUUCUACCAGCAAGUGGUGCAUGUUCUCAAACAGAAAGUCCAGCUAGAAAGACAACAUCCAGGUUCCUGCCAGCACCUUCUAUUAGCCACAAUGUUUGCACUUAACUUCUGUUACCAACCCGUGGAUCUGGUGCUCAUCAUCAAAAGUGACAUCCUGGAUAUCCUCUCGAUGCUACAUAACAACAGCUGCGCUUUGAUGAACCAGGGAUGGUUUGCAGCUUCGGCGUCUGGUCCAACGUUACUCAGUGGGGCUGUCAAACUAGCAUGCGCUCGCUUGCUUCAGAUACUGACCAUUUCUGCAAGUUCCUGCGAGGAUUUGUUGCCCCUGGAGAUAUCCCAGGCUCUAAUGGAGGUCAUGUGUCAGCACCUGCAGAACAUCCUGCGCAGUUUCCACCAGCAGCAGACGUCAGAAAGAGGAGAGACUGAGGAAACGGAUGUGCAUGUCGACAUUAAAAGCUCAAAUACACUUGGAGCUGAAAGCAGCAAAGUGGUUGAAUCUCAGCUGGCAGAUUUCUUGGUUUUUCUCAGGCGAGUUUUGUCAUUAAGAGUGAUGAAAAGACUUUCCACUUUUUUUAAAUGGAUUGAUCCACUAAUGGCCAUCAUUUUACAUAAAUGCUCAGAAGGCUCUCCACACUUCCAGAACCUUCGCACCAGACUUUUAGCCUUUCAUGUUUUAGAAAGACUUUUACCUGCUUGUUCGGAGCCUGUUCAGAUUCAACAGAUUGUGAAACAGCUCUUUCAGUUAUUAUCUGUGUGUAUGUGGGAGGAGCCACUCGCUGACGUAAGCCUUGAAGAAUCGACUGGAAAAGAAAGAGUGAAUCACAGCAGCUAUGAUGAAUGCAUCCCCAUUGGAGAUUUUUCCUUUGACCCACAAAAGCUGGUUUGCUGCUCUUUGGAGAGUGGCAACAUCCUGUCCCAUGGUUCAGGGGGGAAAGGUUAUGGCCUGGCUACUACAGCCAUCACUUCUGGCUGCUACAUAUGGAAGUUCAGCAUUGCUAAAGAGAACAGAGGCAACGAGGGCACGUGUAUCGGCGUUUCCCGCUGGCCUGUCAGAGAUCACAACCACCACACCACCACAGACAUGUGGCUGUAUCGCGCAUACAGUGGGAACUUGUACCACGGAGGGGAGCUGGUCCGCACGCUUCCUUCCUUCACCCAGGGUGACACCAUCACCUGCAUCCUGGACAUGGAGGCUCAUACAAUUUCCUUUGCUAAGAACGAUAAGGAGCCUAAAUUGGCUUUUGAGGGUGUGGUUGCAUCUGAACUGUUCCCGUGUGUGCUGUUCUACAGCAGCAAUCCUGGAGAGAAGGUGGCACUGUGUGACCUGCAGAUAAGAGGCAUGCCAAGUAAUCUCCUUCCCGGGGAGCCACUUUGCAGCCCGUGGACCACUGUGCUGCUUGAAGCAACCGUGCAGCUCCUGCGACGGCUCCAUCAGUGUGACCAGUGGUCCUCACACAUUAACCAGCACAUUCACAGCCAGCUGGAGCUCAUUGGUCCUCUACUGAGAGAGGAUGACUCAGGAUGCUGCAAAGACUCCGACCCACGCUGUGAAACUGGGAGUGAGAAAGAUCAGACUGGUGAUGGCUCCAGGGAUCAACCGGGACACCGAAAGCCCCUUUCUGCUGUCAAGCUGGCUGCUCUUUGCACAGAAGUGUGGCCUGUUUUCGCUGUGAUUGGGGGGGUCGACAGCGGUCUCCGUGCUGGAGGUUUGUGCUUGCACAAGCCCAGUGGACGCAGAGCCAUUCUGCUCGGGGUUCUAAAAGAAGGAAGCUAUCUGGCCAAGCUUCAGUGGGAGGAAGCGGAUCUCUCCUUUAGCGACACGCCAAUUUCCUCACUGGAGCCCUGCGAUACAUCCUGCCUCGAUGUCACUCGCCUCGGAGGUCUCAAGCCAAGGGUGUUGUUAGAUCUGAUUUAUCUGAUGGGGCUGCUGGAAGAGCAGGGAUGGAUGGGGGUUCAUCCACCCCCCAAAAGGACACACUCUGGAGAGAUUAAGGAGCCCGAGACGCAGUGCUGUCAGGAUGAAGGUGCAUCACAUGAUGGAAAGUGGCUUUUAGAGGACGAGAGGAGGAAGCAGAAAGAGCAGAAGGUGGAGGGGGAUCCACUUCCAUCACAAACCGAAAAGACCGCCGACUCUCAGGAAUCGACGAGCUCAGCUCAGACCCCCCAAGCCUCACAAAUCUCCAAAGAUGAUGCAUUUCUUCUUGAACUCAGAGCAGUUAAAGUCUCAUAUCUCCUCACUGGAGGUCUGAAAUCCCUGGCUGUCUUUUUUAGCUGUGAGAAGCUGUCGGACUUGCUCCUAGUGCCUAAACCUGACCUUCCAAAGCCCUCAGCGAGCCCCCUGUCCAGCUCAACCCCAGACCAGGCCAAGGCGAGCAGUGUAGGGUGGGACAAGGUUUGUGAGCUAAGAUCGGUGCUGCAGUACGUGGUGCAGACGAUGGUGAAGUGGGCCGUCAGGCCCUGUCCCAUCAAACAGAUUGUGUCCCUUGCUGAUUUGGAAAGAGCUCAAGUCAUGAUAUACAAGGGAGCCCUGAACAGACAGGAGGACAAGGAACACAAAGACUCCGCCCACCGCCUAUCCUCCCAGCCCAUCUCCAAGUCUUCCAGCUCGGUGUCCUUGUACAGUGCUGGCUCAGAGGGAACUGCCAUCUUUGGCCAAUCAAACAGAGCCUCUGCUUCAUCUUCCAACACAGACCUAGCAUCCUCUCUGCCAACAAACCUGCAGGUGGACGGUCUCGAUAACUUCAAUCCUUUUCUCCCCAUCAGCCUGCUCCAGCACAUGGUGCUAACCCGCUUCCCUACGCUUACGGGCCUGGUUAGUGCCCCCCCUGUGCUGCACCCGUGCUUCAGCCUGGCCAGCUCUGCCUCCUGUGAUGCCUUCACAGAACAGCAGACUAGCUUCAUGGAACCGGGCCCCUGCAGCACACAGGCCAGAAGCAGCCUGGAGCGGACACAAAUGUUUGUCACCAGUCGCUUGUUAGAAAUGGGAUUCACAAUGAGGCAUAUCUACUGGGCCAUGGAGGCGGCAGAUGUCGCAGGAGACCUGGACUCUCAAACCAUUGAGGUGUUGGCCUGCUGGAUGCUGGAGCACCCCUUAACAGACGACCAGCAGGCUGCUGAUUCACCCAGGCCAGAGGGGGCUCCGGACACACCAUCUCCGGAUGGCCCAGAGACGGUGCAAUGUCCUGAACACCCCACGGGUCCAACCCACGAAAGUAUUCUGUCAGGCCUCGACUGGAUAGAGAGGGAGAACUUCUUGGAUGUCCACCUCACUCGGAACCGACCUCCUCCAGCCCGGCGGAGACGCUCGGGGCCCACUCAGAGAACGUCCUUCAGAAGGGCAGACCUUCCAUCACCCAGUCCCCUCCCACAGCUGUACCAGCAGCACACAGCAGUUGGUGAUUGGCCAGAGCAGGUGGAGGUCCAUCCCUUCUCCGCUGAAGAGGAGUCGGAGCUGGGCUACAUGGAUUACCCAUAUCAAGAAGAAACCUUUGAGGACCUGCUCACACCCUCAUUUCUCAGCUUGGAGACCGACACUCUCCAGAUAAUGGAGACUGGGGAAGAAAACAGCCAGAUGGUGAAAUGUGAGCUGUGCAACACCUUCACUCUGCAGUUCAACAAUCACAUCAAACGGCGACACCCAGGCUGUGGGCAAAGCGCCGCCCGCAAGGGCUACGACAGCUCCGGUGCUUAUGUUGACGUCUGGUUCAAAGGGGAGUGUGGAUCCAACUUCCCCUUCUACCUCCUGUGCAGCUCGUGUAGAGAAAAGUACCUGGCUGCAAAUCUGAACGAUCCAAAUUCCAAAUAUGAGAGGAUGAGAGGUCUGACAUCUGAUUUGGUUGGCCAAAGAGACAGCACAUCGGAUGAUGACUGGGAAAUAAGCCACCAAGAUGACUACGAUUCAGACAAACUGACAGGACUAGAAGAUUUCGGACUCCUGCUGAGACCACUGGGACUGACGGAAAAGAAGCUGAUACCAGAUCCUAUAGUUUAUACGGAGCCUGAUCCACUGGGAGCGCUGGCUUGCUGUUCAGCUUCUCCAGCUGUGACUUCUACUAAAGGCAACAGCCCUGCUGAGCAGAAGACACUUCUGAGCCUCGGGCAGCAGGCGGUGUCCCUGAGAGACUCUCACGACAGACUAAAAGCUUUAAGGAGAGUCACGUCCACAGCACAGAUCCUGCUGGCUUACAGCAUGGUGAUGAGGGCACUUUCUCAGGCUGCCUCCAGUGCAUCAGUGAGCAGUCAGUCUAACGGGCUGGAGUUGUUGGGUCUGGCAGACAUCCGUAUCCUGGUUCGUCUGAUGACGUUGGCGGCGGGAGGAAGGGCUCACACCUGCCUGAACAGCCAGCCGGGUGUGAAGGGACUGCCGUCAGAACGCAACACGUCCACCUGCCUCAGCUUUCUCACCUCGGCCAUCGGCAGCGUCGUGUCCCACUGCCCUACUGCUUACAGACAGCUGGUGGAGAUUUGCACUCAGAACCUAAAGGCUGCAGCUACUGGUGCAAGCAGCGGGGCUAUCACAGAACCUCAGCAGAGGUCUAUUCUUACGAUUGCAACUCAGGGAGCCCAGCAGCAGAGAGACCAAGGAGACCAGACGCCUCUCACGUUUCUGGUCACUCAAAGUCUGGUGUCCCUGCUCACUGAGAAGAACCUUCACUGCAACAGCCAGGACAGAACUGAGCAAGAAGAUUCAGGAAGCCAGAAGGGGUCUUCUCCGUCUUUGCCUCCUUCCCCUUUACCCCACCUGGGUGCCAGAGUGGGCCCUCUCGAGCUGGCUAACGCGUUGGCAGCAUGUGUUUUGUCUGCCAAGCUGACCAGUAAACACCGGCAGUGGGCAGCGCGGCAGCUGGUGCAGGCCUUGGCAGCCGCGGGGAGGGACAGCCCUAAUCGCCCACAAACAUACAGUGACCUGGCUGGUGACUUGCGCAAAUGUCCUCUCAAGAGGCUAGAGGGCCAUUACAACAAGGUGGCCAGUUGUUUCUGGAGCAGCGAGCACAGCUUGAUUGCCACAUGCUCUCAGGACAGUGUGGUGCAACUGUGGAGCAUUGGCCAGAACUCAGUGGAGUUGCAGACCACUUUCUCCUGCAUCAGCAGUAAGACAGACAGAUCGAGCAGUGAGAGAGCAAGCAGAUGCCAGCACAUGUCUCCUGUUUACUGGAGUUGUGGGGGAAACUUCCUGGCUGCUCCUGAGAACAAGCACAUCAACAUCAUGAAUCUCAGAGGAUCUCUCUGCCAUGUGGAGCAUCAGAGUUCUCGGGUCACAGCUCUUUGUUGGGCCCAGAGCUUCAGCUUGUGGAUGAUGGACCAGUCAACCAAUAGCAAGAACACAGCUGUUGAGAGUCUGCUGGUGGGGAUGCUGGAUGGCUCCCUCUGCUGGCUACAAGUCACACUGCAGGAUUUUGAGCUGCUUGUUAAAAGCACAGAACUAACCCACUGCCAAAGUCAAGAGGCUCCGCUGUGUGUCGCCUGGCAUGCUGAGGACAAGCCAUUUGCUGUGGGUUACCUCAGCGGAAAGGUACUCCUGGCUACCACAGAGACCUACGGCACCACGCAGCCUGUCGUGCUUUCUCCGUUCCAGGACAGUGUGAAUUCCCUCAAAUGGGACCCCACAGGGCACUUGCUACUCUGUUUGGGGAGGUCAGAUGUGGUGAAGAUCUUGGGACAGGCCGGGGGCACCUGGGUGACGCUGCACUCGCUCUACCACAGCAGCACAGUUAAUGUUGCAGAGUGGUGCCCCCUUGCAGGGAGAGCGCCUGAUCCCCGGCUCAUGAUGGCUGUAGGCUGUCAAAACGGCUCGGUUUAUGUCUGGACACUGCCACAGGGGGGCACCAUUGUGUCUUUGCCGAACAUUUUUAACUCCCCCACACAGGAUAAAAACCCUGAAGUGAGGCAGGAAAGUGCAAAGUGUUCGUUUGUGCUGCAUGGCCACAUCACAGCUGUGAAAUCCCUUUCCUUUUGCUUCAGCGGUCUGGCACUGGUUUCCGGGGGGAUAGGGGGGCUUCUGAACAUCUGGUCCCUACAGGAUGGUUCAGUGUUACAGACUGUCACAGGAUUGGGUUCAGUCGUCAGCACUGCCUGGAUACCAAACUUGGGAGUAGCGGCUUGUUUUGGGAGAUCAAAGGAUCUUUUGUUGAUCUGCUGCACUCCCGAUUGGAUCAAUCAAAACCACGUGCUGGCGACGUGCCGCAUGGUCCUCAGAGGUCAGAACAUUUUGGGACUGAAUCGGGCUCUGUGUUUGGCCGUUCUCCUGGAGCGGCUGCCACUGUUGCUGCAGGAGCAGUACAGCUACGAGCGGAGCCAUGUGGCGUCCGGCGACCAGCUUGUCCACAGUCCCUUCCUGCAGAGUCUGGCUUCGUUGGCCGUGGGAUUGUCCCUAGAGAAACAUCUCUGCUCAUACCCUCGGCCCCCGCACCACACCCACCCCAAUGCUCACUCUUGUCUGUCAGAGUGGAGCUGGCUUCUCACCUAUGCCACUACGGUUCGCAGUGCGGAGGCGAUCGCCAGUGGCACUGCCUUCCCAGAGUCCUUUGUAGUUUCAGAGUUUCCAGACGUGCAGGACAGCUCUGUCACUAAGGCACUGGACAACAGUAAGUGGAGUUUCAGGAUGGACGAACAGCUGAUGUCCUGGUCCACCUGCAGACCAGAGGACUGGCAACAAGGCGGCAAAACUGAGGUGUAUCUGUGGGGGAACGGGCGUUAUGGACAGUUGGCCGGAACAGGAGCUAACCUGAUGUUACCCACACUGGCCCCGUCUUUGUUACAGACACAGCAGGUUGUUUGCGGACAGAACUGCACAUUUCUGCUCCAGUCCAACGGGACAGUUCUGGCCAUCGGAGAAGGACAGUAUGGUAGACUGGGCCAGGGGAAUUCGGACGACCUCUAUGUCCCCACUAUCAUCUCUGCUUUUCAAGGGUACGUGGUGACACAGCUGGUGACGUCUUGCGGCUCAGACGGACACUCCAUGGCGCUCAUGGAGACUGGGGAGGUUUUUAGCUGGGGAGACGGAGAUUUUGGAAAACUGGGCCAUGGAAACAGUGAGAGGCAAAGAAGACCCAAACAGAUAGAAGCUUUGCAAGGAGAGGAAGUGAUUCAGCUUGCUUGUGGCUUCCGACACUCAGCCGUGGUGACGGCAGAUGGGAAACUGUUCACCUUCGGCAGUGGUGAGUCUGGACGUCUGGGUCAGAGGUCAACAUCCAACAAGAUGCUCCCUGAAAGGGUGACGGCACUAGAGGGAUAUCACGUCGGACAGGUGUCUUGUGGGCUCAACCACACGUUGGUGCUUUCUUUGGACGGCAUGGUCGUGUGGGCAUUCGGAGACGGUGACUAUGGAAAAUUGGGAACGGGCUCGUCUACAGCGAAGUACUACCCGCAGAGAGUGGAGCCGCUUUGUAAAAAAGGAAUUAAAAAGGUCUGCUGUGGUACUCAGUUCUCUGUGGCUUUGGCCAGUGAUGGACACGUUUACACUUUUGGACAAGAGCGUCUGAUUGGUCUGCCGGAGCACUUGCUGAAGAAUAAAUCACACCCCCAGGUGGUGCCGUCCCUGGAAGGGCUGUUCAUAGACGACAUAGCUGUAGGCUGUGAACACGUGUUGGCCCUGUCCUGCACUGGGGAUGUCUACGCCUGGGGCUUUAACAGUGAGGGACAGCUUGGCCUCGGGCACUGCAACCCGGUGAGGGAACCCACGCUCAUAACAGCCCUGCAGGGUCGAAACAUCCGACAGAUCUCUGCUGGCCGCUGCCACAGCGCCGGAUGGACAACUCCGUCUACCUCAAUCAAAAACUCAGGUGACUCUGGACACUCGCAGCUAGGUCUUCCCCCGUCAGUCCCUCCGCAGUACAACACUCUGAAAGACUGCAGCCUGGACGUGCUCAGCAUGCGUCUCAGGGUGCUUCACCACUUCUCAGAUCUCAUGUACAAAUCCUGGAGGCUGCUCAAUCUGGACACCAGGAACAUGAUGUCCACUUCACGUUACAGUUUAGGAGUAUCUGCAAUCAUCCGGGGUGAACUCCGAGGCCUUCUCUCACCCAAGGUCAACACGCUGCCUCUUGUUCGUUCAAUUGGCAGGACGAUGACCCAAGGCAAAACAUACGGGCCCCAGAUCACAGUGAAACGCAUUUCCACAAGAGGACGCUGCAGUAAGCCCAUCUUCGUGCAGAUCGCAAAGCAGGUGGUGGGCUUGAAUCCUCUGGAGCUGCGUCUGCCCUCACGGGCCUGGAAGGUGAAGCUAGUCGGGGAGGGGGCUGACGACGCUGGGGGAGUGUUUGACGACACCAUCACCGAGAUGUGCCAGGAGCUGCAGUCGGGCGUGGUGGAUCUCCUGAUUCGAACUCCCAACAGCUGCGCAGACGUAGGCAGCAACACAGACAGGUUCUUGCUCAAUCCAGCCGCACAUUCAGACGAUCACAUGGUCCAGUUUCGCUUCUUGGGGAUCCUGAUGGCGGUGGCCAUCCGCACCAAGAAGCCCCUGGACCUGCAUCUGGCCCCGUGGGUGUGGAAGCAGCUGUGUUCCAUGCCUUUGGGUGGGCCAGACCUGGAGGAGGUCGACCUGCUGACCUACCGCACUCUUCAAGGCAUUGUUCACUUGGAAAACAGUGGAAUUACAGAGGAAAACUUUCAUGUAAUGAUCCCGCUGGAUUCAUUUGUGGCUCACAGUGCAGAUGGAAUGCUGGUUCCUGUAGUUCCUGGAGGUCAGAACAUCUCCCUAACGUUCACAAACCGCACUGAAUAUGUGGAGAGAGCCCUGGAUUACAGGCUGCACGAGAUGGACUCGCAGGUGGCAGCAGUCAGAGAGGGCAUGUCCACCAUCAUCCCCGUGCCCCUCCUCUCCCUGCUGACGGCGCAGCAGCUGGAACAGCUGGUCUGCGGUCUGCCAGAGGUCUCCGUAGAGAUGCUGAAGAGGCUGGUGCGUUACCGCGACAUCACCGAGAGCCACCAGCUAAUUGGCUGGUUCUGGGAGAGCUUGGAGGAGUUCACCAAUGAGGAGCGAGUGCUCUUCCUGCGUUUUGUUUCUGGCAGGUCCAGACUGCCUUCCAACCCGGCUGACAUGACGCAGAAGUUUCAAAUCAUCAAAGUCGACAGGCCUAUCAACGGGCUUCCUACAGCUCAGACUUGCUUCUUCCUGCUUCGCCUGCCGCCGUACACAAGCCAGGCCAUCCUCGCCGAGCGUCUGCGAUACUCAAUCCACAACUGCACCUCCAUCGACAUGGACAACUACAUGCUGACCCAUAACACCGACCCAGCAGACAGCUCAGACACCGAGGACUGAAGCUGGGGAGGAUGAAUGUAUCAGAAACUAAACUGUAUUUGCCAAAUGUGUACGGUAGCAUAUUGGGUUGUUUUGUUUGUUUUUUCACGUGCAUGGUGUUGUAAUUAUUGCAGUGCUGCUACAAGGUUUUUAAAAUCUUAGGUAAAUAAGCCACAAUAACAGAGAGAAUGUGCCUGUUUGUUUGAAGAGACUCGAUUACAUCUCACAUGUUGUAGUCAUUAUUAUUAUAAAAUUGUAAAUUAAAGGGUGUAAAAUAUGUGCAA